AUGGCUGUUCGAGAUCAAGAUACGGUAAAGUGGCCACAUCCCUUGAAGCCGAAUACAGAAAAUCAGGACCAAUACUUCCAUUUCCAUCGUAGUCGUGGCCACACUACAGAAGCCUGUAGACAGCUGAAGGAGGAAAUUGAAAGGCUUGUCCGUCAAGGUUAUCUUCGGCAGUUUAUUCGGGAUCCACCUGCCCAAGAAGAAACUCGUCCCACUGGGGGGCAAGAUCGACAACAGAAGCCACCAGUAAAUAAUCGAAUAACAAUUGGAGAAAUUGAGACAAUAGCUGGAGGCCCUUUGCUAUUCGAUAAAGUCUUUUUGGUUGUGGAUGAAAUUCCAACUCCAAAGAAAGCUCGUGUAGAUCACACCAUCACCUUUGAUGAUUUCGAUUUGGAGGGAGUGAAAACCCCUCACCAAGAUCCUCUCGUUGUCAGUGCAGGCAUAGGUGACCCAUGCUACAAUGUUAAGAGAAGUCUCGUGGACAACGGUAGUUCAGUAGACAUCCUGUUCUACUCUACCUUCCUUAAUUUGGGGCUCGCCACAGAGAAGCUUCAACCCGCGGCAGGUCCUUUAUACGAAUUUGACAAUCGACCUUUUGUCGUUGUAAAGUCCGAAUCGGCUUACAACGCUAUCUUUGGGAGGCCACUCCAAUCAAUUUUUGGGAUUGUCACAUCUAUCCCUCAUCUCAAGCUGAAGUUCCGCACUCUGACAGGAGUUAGUGUGGUGUGCGGAGAUCAACAAACAGCACAAACCUGCUAUCUCAGGCAGGUUAAAACACACCCGACUGAUACUAUAAACAUUGAGAAUUUUGAUCUCCAGAACGAAGACAUACCUCAGAGAGCCUCUCCAGUAGAAGAACUCACCACUGUAUCUAUCUCUAAAGAACAUUCUCUAAAGACGGUGCAAAUUGGGUCACUUCUUUGA